CUGUUGUUAAACCCUAUACCCCGUAAAUCCCCUCCCAAGCACUCUCUAUCUGAUAGAGAGAUCUCCAGAGAGAGAGAGAGAGAGAGAGAGAGAGGGAUACACCAUGAACCUAUCCAUUCUAACCCCUUCUUCCUCACGGCCCACCUUCCUCUUCCAUCCCUCCACCAACCUCCCCUCACUCCGACUCCCAAGACCUACCCUCACCCGAAACAAACUCCUACUCAACCGACUCCGAUACCGCAUCUCCACCGUCCGAUGCUGCUCCUCUUCACACCAGCCCUCAAGCACCACUCUCAUCCCCGCCGCCGCCGUGUUUGGUCCCAAGAAGGAGCUCACGGGGAUCGAAUCCCUUGUCGACUCCGUCCCGCCCCUGGUCCGCCAGGCGACCUCCGCCCUCGUCUUCGCAGGCGCUGUGGCUGCUGGUUUCGGGCUGGGGCUCCGUCUCGGGGGAAACCGGAUCGCGGCCGUGAGCGGGGCGGUCGCCCUCGGUGCUGCCGGGGCCGCCGCCACCUACGCCGCGAAUUCCUGCGUGCCGGAGGUCGCGGCGGUGAGUCUGCACAAUUAUGCGGCGGGCUGUGACGAUCCGCUCACGUUGGAUAGGGAAGAUAUCGAAGCGAUUGCAAACAAGUACGGUGUUAGCAAACAAAACGAGGAAUUCAAUGCGGAACUUUGUGAUUUGUAUUGCCGGUUUGUUUCUUCUGUUAUUCCUCCUGGAGGUGAAAAUCUUAAAGGCGAUGAAGUCGAAACAAUUAUUAAAUUUAAAAAUGCAUUGGGGAUUGAUGAUCCAGAUGCUGCUGCCAUGCAUAUGGAGGUUGGUAGGCGAAUUUUCAGGCAAAGUCUUGAAACUGGUGACCAUGAUGCUGGAAUGGAGCAGCGUCGGGCAUUUCAGAAGCUAAUAUAUGUUUCAAAUCUUGUGUUUGGGAAUGCAUCGACUUUCCUUUUACCUUGGAAGCGAGUGUUCAAGGUUACUGAGUCCCAGGUUCAGAUUGCUAUUCGUGACAAUGCCCAGCAGUUAUAUUCAUCCAAGCUUAAACCAGUCGGAAGAGAUAUUGAUGUGAAACAGCUCAUGAGCCUUAGAGAAGCCCAGCUUCUUUAUGGACUUUCUGAUGAGCUUGCUGAGAAAAUGUUUAGGGAGCAUACAAGGAAACUUGUUGAGGAACACAUAUCAAAUGCGCUUAGCAUACUGAAGUCUAAUACCAGAGCAGUCAGGGGAUCCUCACAAGUUGUUGAAGAACUUGAAAAGAUACUGGCGUUCAAUCAUUUACUCAUUUCGUUGAAGAACCAUCCUGAUAUCAGCCGCUUUGCUCGUGGGGUUGGGCCAGUUUCUUUACAUGGUGGAGAGUCUGGUGGAGACAGAAAAAUGGAUGACUUGAAGCUCCUUUUUAGAGCAUAUGUUACUGAUGCAUUAUCAAAUGGUUCCAUGGAUGAAAAAAAGCUUGCUGCAUUGAGCCAAUUGAGGAAUACAUUUGGUUUAGGUAAACGAGAGGCUGAGUCCAUUAUGCUGGAUGUUACCUUAAAGGUGUAUCGCAAACGACUUGCUCAGUCUGUAUCAUCCGGUGAUUUAGAAGGCGCUCCGAGUAAAGCAGAAUUCCUUCAAAACCUCUGUGAUGAGUUGCACUUCGACCCGCAGAAGGCUGCUGAGAUCCAUGAAGGAAUUUACCGGGAAAAACUUCAGAAAUUUGUUGCUGAUGGAGAGCUCAGUGAGGAGGAUGUUAAAGCCCUGGAGCGGCUGCAGGUCAUGCUUUGUAUACCUCGGGAAACUGUUGAAGCAAUUCAUACAGAAAUCUGUGGCAGUUUGUUUGAGAAGGUUGUGAAGGCUGGAAUUGGUGGAGGAAUGGUCGGGUAUGAUGUCACAAUGAGAAAAGCUGUGAGAAAGGCUGCAGCUGGUUUACGCUUAACGAGGGAGGUUGCCAUGUCUAUUGCUAGCAAGGAAGUCCGAAGAAUGUUCAAGAUCUACCUACGACGAGUGCAUAACGCUAAGAGCGCUACCGAGUCUGCAAAGGAACUUCGGAUGAUGAUAAAUUUCAACACCACGGUUGCAACUCAACUAGUUGAGGACAUAACAGGAGAACGACCUGAUACAACGUCAGAAGAGCCUGCUGAGGUAGAUGAUGUAAAGAAAGAUGAGGAUUUAGGCUCUUCUAAGGUAGAUGAUAGGAAGAAAGAUGAGGAUUUGGAAUGGCUGUCCCUUCGCUCACUUAAAAAUAAGAAAACAUACCAGCCACCUCUUACGAGGAAAGGCCAGACGGAGAUAACUCUCAGGGAUGACCUCUCAGAAAAGGAAAAGAAGAAUAUUUACGAGAGAUACUUGGCAUUAUGUCUCACUGGAACUUUCUCCAAGGGCCCAUUAGGUGUAAAGAUGGCCACAAAAACAAAAGACCACGAAUUUGUUGUGCUAAACCAGCUUGGACAAAUUCUAGGUUUGACUAGCAAAGAGAUUUUGAAAGUACACAGGAGCUUCGCUGAGAAGACUUUUAGGAAAAAAGCGGAGGUUAUGUUAGCCGAUGGUGGGUUAACAGAAGGCAGAAUUGAGCAGCUUAAUGAGCUGCAGAAGGAAAUUGGUUUACCUCCUCAGUACGCACAAAAAGUAAUAAAGAGCAUAGCAACAGAGAAAAUGGCAGCUACACUCGAAGCCGGUGUCAGGCAGGGAAAAGUUAGUGUAAAGGAGGUAAGAGAACACAAGAAAAAUGGUAUUGAUUUAGAUAGCGUGUUAUCUGUGAGCUCACGGGAGCUGCUAUUUAAGAAAACCGUGGAUGAUGUAUUCUCGUCCGGUUCUGGAGAGUUCGAUGAAGAAGAAGUUUAUGAGAAGAUCCCACAGGAUCUAAACAUCGAUGCAGAGAAGUCAAAAAAGGUUGUUCAAGAACUCGCAAAAAGUAGAUUGUCCAACUCUUUGAUUCAGGCUGUAGCACUACUAAGGCAGAGGAACCGUCAUGGAGUGGUUUCGUCGCUCGACAACUUGCUCGCCUGCGACAAGGCUGUACCUUCGCAGCCGUUAUCGUGGGAAAGGCCAGAGGAGCUGGCUGAUCUAUUUUUCAUGUACCUGAAGAGUGAUCCUGCCCCAGAGAAAUUGUUGCGAUUGAAGUACUUACUAAACAUAGAAGAUUCGACAGCAGAAGCCUUGCGUAGGAUGGAGGAUGGACUGGUUGAUGUAGCAGAAGAGCAAGAAGAGUUUGUACUUUAAGUUUUGUAACCAGGUAGAUGUAAGUGGGUAGCACAUCCACUCGGUUGAGUUAUAUGUAUCCGCUCUGUUUUUUAAUUGGAAAGUAAGUAAUAUUCUUAGUUGUCCUUGGGAUCUUUUUUUAGCUGCUCAAUGUCUUCGUUUGAUUAACAGCAAAAGAAAAAAAAAAAGCUGUCCUUUGAUUUAAAACAAUUUAAUUGACCAACGAAAGGUUAAUUCUCGGUUAUGAUCA